AUGAAAGCCAUCCAAAUCAGCCUGCCCCUGGCUUUUCUUGUGCUCCCGCUCUUUGUGCUUGGGGCUCCCAGUGAGGAGCUUGGCCAGCAAGAAGUCCCUACCAGCUUGAGUGGUUGCAAGAGAUGUUGUGAUUCUCUAGAUGUCCCUGGGCCCUCCGAAGCCAGUCUUGGUGCAGACAGACCUCACGCUUUGCCAUUCGUAAUGCCAGAAGUUCGUCCAUAUAUCAACAUCACAAUUCUGAAAGGAGAAAAAGGAGAUCAAGGAGAGCCUGGAGUUCCUGGGAAAUGGGGCAAAGAGGGACCCCCUGGUGAUCAGGGACCCCAGGGUCCAAAGGGCAGCAAGGGACAAAUGGGGGCACCUGGAGAUCCUUGCAAGCACCAGUAUGCAGCUUUCUCAGUGGGCCGGAAGAAAGCUCUCCACAGUAAUGAAGGCUACCAGGCUUUGAUCUUUGACACUGUCUUUGUGAACCUCUAUAGCCACUUCGACAUGUUUAAGGGCAAGUUCUACUGCUAUGUGGCAGGCCUGUAUUUUUUCAGUCUCAAUGUCCACACCUGGAAUUUCAAGGAGACCUACAUGCACGUCAUGCGGAAUGACCAAGAGGAAGUCAUUCUCUAUGCUCAGCCCAGUGACCGCAGCAUCAUGCAAAGCCAGAGUCUGAUGCUGGAGCUGCGGGAGAAUGAUGAGGUUUGGGUGCGUCUGUAUAAGCGACAGCGUGACAAUGCCAUCUACAGUGAUGAUGUGGAUGUCUACAUCACUUUCAGUGGUUAUUUGAUCAAGCCCAGCCUUGAAUAGCUGUUUCCCUCCAAAGCACAAAUUCAUCCUUUAAACAUCCUCUUGAUUUCCUGUGAACUACUGCAAAUAAUACAGAAAAUGACCAAAAGAUCUGAAAACAGAGCACUGAAGAAAACUUUUU